AUGGAAACAUUAGCUGGAGUGUUAAAUGCGCUCAUAAAUACUACAAUAAACAAGGAGAACGAAGAAAACUUAAUGAAUGUUAAACUUAUUGCAGGAGUUUUGAAGUUCAGUUAUGCGAAGGAGUUUAAGAUAACACGAAUGAGUCAUAGAGUUCAAUUGCUUCUGGGAGCAUACCAUAUGACAUUUCCUUUGAAAAGUAUUGACAAAACGAUUGAGAUGAAAUCUGUUCCAUACGUAUGUUAUGGCAAUUGUUUAUACAUUGAGUCAAAAAUAGCUAAUGUCACAGGUAUUUCAGGAGUUAAUAGUAAAGGUUCAGUAGAAUAUAAGUCUUUCUGUUAUGAAGUAAAUUCAAUGUUCAUUCCAAACGUUCCUGUCAUAGCAACUCAUUUAGGUAAAUGGAUUCGCAUUAGUCCUCAUAAUUUGAAAGACAUGCAAUUCAGACUAGUUGACUUUCAAGGAGAGCCUGUAGAACUGAAGGCACCAGUGCGAAUGACUGUUGAAGUUGACUUUUUAGAAAAUAUUAAAUGCAACAGCUUACAAGAGAACUCAGAGCUAAAAAUAUAA